CAGCAGCAGCAGCAGCAACAACAGCAACAGCAACAGCAAGUGCAACAACAACAACCUCAAAAACAUUGUCUGUUGAGCUUUUGCAAUGAGCUGCUCUAUGAGAUAUUCAAAUAUUUGGACACAGCCUCCAUACUGGCGAUGAUGCUUUGCUCUCCGCAUUUGGAAAGCUUUCUUUUGGAUCAUCGCUUCUGGCACAAUAUUGAUCUCAGCAAUGCGCCGCUGCCAUUGGGCAUUUUAGAGGAGGUACUCGGACGUGCAACAGAGAAGACGCACACCAUUAAAAUCCGUGGACCACCCUCAUCGCAGCAUGUUGCCGGCGAGUUUAAGCAAUUCACUUGCACACUAACAUCAGUGUUCCCUAAGGUGGCGACACAGCUCAAAGUUCUUGAAUUACAAGGCGUCAGCUUGGACUUUGAAUACAUACAUAUAUCAGAAUUUCCAGCCUCGCUAAAACGGUUGAAACUUAAGGAUUGCAGCGUUAAGGUUGGAGACCAUGUUAAGAGCAUAUUUCAUACUAUAGAAAAGCAAUUGAUUCACUUGGAGGAUCUCAGCAUUGAGGAUAACAAUUGGUUUGAACCAUACUAUAUAAUGGCGUUAUCGAAGCUGCCGUCGUUGCGUCGGCUCAGCCUAAAGGGCUGCCAAAUGAUGUGUAAAUUCGUGCCCUAUGGCAGCAUGGCAGCUCGCUUUGGGUUUCAAAAGUUGGAAAUUCUUGAUUUACGUUUGACGCCCAUUAACAACUCAGAUCUGCAGUGCUUUAGCGCCAUUGAGGGCCUACGGGAACUGCUGUUGGAAUCGCCACCCAAUAUGCCUCAGGAACCACCUUGUCCAGCAAAAACAACAAAUGGCAAUGUGCCUGGAGGCGAUGAAUCCAUAGCCCCAUUGCCAGAGCAACUUAAAAUGUUGAGUGAUGAUGAACCGUCAACAUCGCGCGCAGCCAUGGAGCAUUUGCGUGCGUGCAAAAUAGCUGCCCAGAGUCAAGACGCCAAUGCAGAAGCUCCCAAGCCCGCCAGCGAAACAUAUACUUCGGAUAAUUGCAAUUAUGGAAAGGAUGCGCCCGAUGCGAAUAAGCCUAGUGGCAGCACAGCCAAGCCGAGUGGCUGUGUCUCAUCCGGCUCGGAUGAUGAGGACACAUCAACUUCUGCGUCGUCCUCAGAUAAAUCAGAUAAUGCUGCAGCGCACAGCACUGGACAUAGCUCCUCCGAUGCGGAUGGCAAUGGAGGUUUACAGUCGCCGCUUGUGGUUAUCGCCUUGCCCAGUGUGGCGCGUAGUCAUUCGCCAGCUCCCGCCGAAAAUCCACAGAAUGCCGAUGAAAAUCCUGAACCUGCGGCAGAUGCAGCAGAGCCAGCAGCAGCAGCAGAUGGCGGCAUUGAAGCACCGCGCGCUUACUUCUAUGUACGGAAUGGUUCACCGGUCGAUGGACAGCGACCGCAGGUGGUGGCCUCUCUAAUUGAGCAGAUGGUGGAUCAGAUACAUACGUUUCGUGGCAAUCAGCCGGCGCACAGUCGCUUCAUGAGGCGUCGUGAUCAGGUGAUAUAUAUGAAUCCGCAGGCAAUGGCCGAGCCACUGUUGGUCAUGCAAUCACGUCGUCAUCGCGCCCAGCCACGCGGCAAUUUGGAACAGGUUGUACAGCAUCCGAUGUUUUGGAACAUGCUCGAUCCGUUGGAUAGGGAAUAUUCACGGCGGAUGCGUAGUCGACCACCGGUCAGUCAGCUGCCGCCACAAUGCUACGUCUCAGACCGGGCUAUGUAUAGCUUUGGACGCGCCUAUCCUGUACAGUCGGACGUCGUUUGGAUACGCAACUCAAAUCGUUCGUCCAACAAUCGACUCGAACGUAUCGAGCUACGCAACUAUCCACACAUAACAAACUAUACUUUGGAGCAUCUGGUGCAAUGCUCGCCAAAUCUCGUCUAUAUCGACGUAAGUGGCACGAGCAUAACCCCAUUGGGCUUAUGCAAAUUCAAAAUACUAAAGCCCGAUUGCGAGGUAAUUGCCACACAUUUAAGCAUGGACGAGCAGUCGGAGCCGGCAGAGACUGAAGCCUUUGUCCGAGCAGAACCAGAACCAGAACCGGAAGAGCAGCAAGCAGACGUCGUUGAAAGCGAUGACCAGCAACGGUCACAGGGCGAAAAUUUAGAUGAAGUUGCAGCUGAAGCCUUACACCUACCAGAAGUAAGCGCCGAAGCGACAAACGAAUCUGAAUCUCUGCCUCAAUCCCAACCUGAACCCCAACUGGACGAGCCUUAAUUCCUAAACUUGGCAUGAUAAUAAUAAAUCUCUUCCUUCGGAUGUUCCACGCUGUGGCGCAGUUAUUUAGUAUUAUGUUUGGAACACCCACACACUAUAUAUAUAUAUAAUCUUAUGUGUUAUUGAGAGGAACAUAUAUAUUCAUAUAUAUAUAUAUCCUAUAUAUAUAUAUACACACAAAUAUGUAUGUCUGGCUUGAUGAAAUGUACCAAUUUGUUAAGCAUUAAAAAAAAAACAAAAACAAACACAAACGAUAAACAU